CCCUCCAUAUCAUGUGAUUCAGGUGUUCCAAUCCCCUCCAUAUCAUGUGAUUCAGGUGUUCCAAUCCCCUCCAAUCGUGAUUCGGGUGUUCCAAUCCCCUCCAUAUCAUGUGAUUCGGGUGUUCCAAUCCCCUCCCUAUCAUGUGAUUCGGGUGUUCCAAUCCCCUCCAAUCAUGUGAUUCGGGUGUUCCAAUCCCCUCCCUAUCAUGUGAUUCGGGUGUUCCAAUCCCCUCCAUAUCAUGUGAUUCAGGUGUUCCAAUCCCCUCCAUAUCAUGUGAUUCAGGUGUUCCAAUCCCCUCCAUAUCAUGUGAUUCAGGUGUUCCAAUCCCCCCAUAUCAUGUGAUUCAGGUGUUCCAAUCCCCUCCCAAUCAUGUGAUUCAGGUGUUCCAAUCCCCUCCAAUCAUGUGAUUCAGGUGUUCCAAUCCCUCCAUAUCAUGUGAUUCAGGUGUUCCAAUCCCCUCCCUAUCAUGAUUCAGGUGUUCCAAUCCCCUCCAUAUCAUGUGAUUCAGGUGUUCCAAUCUCCUCCAUAUCAU